GACGCUGUUGUUUGCGGUCGAUAUUGAGCUAUUUCUUUGACGGUGGGAUUUGGCGCGGAUCGGGAGGCUACAACUGCUCCAGGCUUGGUGAUAACAGCGGGAACGCCAGUCUGAUUGAGUCUGAUCCGGUCUUUUCCCAUCGGUCCACGGAGCGCAGGCCAAGCGGCUACUGUGAAUUCCGUGUGACAAUUCGGCACCGGAAUACAGGUACCUGCAUUGUGUUCGCACUGAUCUCAGCUCGUCUGAGGGGAGCGUAAACACGGGUUGGACACAGCAUUGGAAGCCUGAAAAGGGGUAUCAGGCACUGAUUUGCGGAAAUCGGAUCAUAGCUCACAGUGAGAACAGGGCAACAUCUGCAGAAACGCCACAGCUACCAGCUGGGAUGCUUUGUGGACAGAUGUACGAAGUACAGCAGAAUACAUCGUUGUUUUUCGUUCUCGAGGCUAUUCUUCAAUUAAAAAUCCUUCUUACUAUUGGUGGUUCCGCAAGUCAACUGACAAUUACAUUAAGGAAUAAACAGCAGGAACAAAGAUAACAAAGCUGAUUUGUUGAGUUGUUUUCAAGUGAUAAAGAAUGACAAGGAUGAAUAUGAAAGAAAAGAACAAUUCAUGAAUGAAGAAUACAGCAGUGAGAAGGUCAAAAGUACUUUUGAUCUGCCAAGUUGGCUGAGGAAAGAUGCUCUGUUUCACACGGCUCUUUUACUAACAAAUUAUCAUAUAAAUAAGUACAUUAUCAACGGAAGUUUUUAUGUUUCUAGUCUAAAAAUACAAAAACAUAUUUGACAUCUAUCCAUCACAGACCAUUGAUUAAAUGGCCUGUUAAUAAUUUAAAGUGACAGCAAGAGAGAUUGAAGAUGACGUCCUCAGUUAUUAACAGCAUGUUCAGCACUGACAAAGAGGGCAACAAACAGGAAAAAAAGAACAACAAUGAUCAACCAAUGGGAACAGAUGGAGACAGUAAUGCAAAUCAAAUAGUAUCCCAGAUUCCUACAAUAGAAGAAAAGGAAAAGAGAAAUAAUCUAACAGCUGACAAUAUGAAUGAACAACAUCAGGUGCCACAGAAUAUACUAUUGCCAAAUGAAUUUCUGGAUGUUUCUUUGAAUCAAGAUGGGGCACCUCAAGCAACCGAUGUUCGAGGUGAAAUGGGAAAAAGUACCAACCUGGAGUUUACAGAAACAUCUCCCCACCAUAAUUGAAAGUGCAGAACUCAGACAAACCGAAGCAACCAUGCACCAUGAGAAAGGUUGUAGUUCACAGUGUCUUAACAAGGAAAAUUGGGAAUAUGUUCCAGGUGAAGCUGCCGGUGUUCCUCAAAUUGAAAAGGAUUGUUAUUCUACAGGAAAGAAUAGUUAUGCAGCUGACGCUGCUGUUGAACUACAGCAGCCAAAAACAGAUGUUGCAGACAAAAUUGAAAAAAAUCAUUUCAAACAUUUGUCAUUUAAGGACUCUUCUUCCACCAAUUCUAUAGAAAAACCUAAUGAAAAGCAGACAGCACCAGAAAGAGUUGUUGGGUGUUUAUCUGAGGAUGUCUCAAUGAUUAGUUGUUGUGCUGAGUCUGUGAAUUUUCAAGAAUUCUGCAUGGAUGCAAAUAGUACGUAUAAUUCACAGCAUACAACACCCUAUCUGGUCAGAGCCAUGUCUCCAUCUGAUCCACUUGACUUGACCUCAGAUGUAUUUAAUUCUAACAUGCCUACCUCAAAAAAUAUGAAUUCAGUCCUAGAGACCCAAACACAUGUAGAAAGACAACCUGACUUCAAAAGCAUGAUUCAAUGUGAAAGGAUAGAAUCUGCUGUGUGUUCAGAUGGCGAACUGCUGGUGCCCAUUAAUAAAUUGGAAGUCCAGGUAAACCUAAAUGCAUUAUCCAACCAAUAUAACAUAAAUACUGAUCACAGUUGUCAUUCUGUGAGUAACUGGCAGGAAACAGCUGAAUUUUUGCAGAACGUUCAAAACAAGAGAGAUAUUUUUAAGGGAAAUGGGAGUACAGAUCCUUGUGAUGUUAGUCAACAAUCACCUCCAUCGGAAACCGAAGAGGAAAUGCAGCUGAAUGAUCUACAAGACAGCACAACAGGGCAAUACGUUAAGAGCCCUCAAGAACACCUAUUAGAAACUUCUGCCAAAGGCUGCUCAGUAUUUGAAAACACUGCCUCCGUAUUGUUGAGUCAGGUUUGUAAAGAAAGAAAGCAGGCUGAAUAUGGUGCCCAGCAUUUUAUUGGCCCACCUGAACAACUUGGAAGUUUUUUUUCAAAUGUUAGUAAUGAUUUGACUGGCACAGAUUCUACUAAUUUUGGAGUUACAUGUGAGGCAGAAAACUAUGUUGAAAUUGUUAAGCUACCAUGCACAGGAACUGAUACAUUUUCUAAGCAGGAAUUUAACAGCCAUUUUGAUAUCUUUGAAAUCAAUGUGAUCAGAAGUGAAGACACAAAGCACUCUUUAGAGACUGAUGGCAGUCUACUAAAACAUGAAACAGAUCAAGUGAAAAGCAUGACUAAAAUGACAGAAAAGAAAGAUUCUGAUGAGCUGAAAAUCACAGAGUCGGGCAAAUCAAAGCAACAUAUUUCUGAGUCGGAUUCAGUUCUAGAUGAGGCAGCAUUGUUGACAUCAAAAGAUGAAAUUGGUCAGCAUAGCAAUGAAACUUCCACAAGAAAGACAGAAAGACCAAUUCAACAGAAAGUGAAUGAAAUAAAUAGUAAUUUAAUCAUAACUCUGGAAAAUCUGCCACAAAGUGUUUCUGCGGACCAUCGGCCUGCUGAAAACCUACUGGUCUCAAUGGGUUCAAAUUCCACUCUUAGUACUUGCCCACAGUUUCAACAGAUGAUAAGUAUGCAAGUUACUGAUCAUGCCCCAAAUUCUGCUUUUGAACAGCUCUCGUUACUACAUGCUGGAAAAUUGCCAGAACCUGUGCCUAUCCCUCUUUCAGGGAAAAUGCAGUCAUUAAAUUCAUUCUCUAAAGUUCUUGAUAAAGCUGUUUAUAAUAGCGGAAUCCCAAAGCCAAUUAUACAGUAUCCCAGGACUGUGCUAACACACAAAGGAGAAGCAGAAAUGAAUGACCAACCCAAGUAUGAAGGGGCAACUGAAGCUAAACUCAUUCCAAAACCCAAAUAUGUAAGACCGAAAAUAAUAACAUAUAUUCGAAAACCAAUUCAGGUGAAACCACUUGAUAUUAUGCACAAUGACAUGGGACUGUCAUCAAAACUUUCAACAUGGUCCGAAUCAAUUGCUAAACCGUCCGUUUUAAAAGAAAUCAAGUCAUGUGAAAAUAAACCUCUCUCAGUGCUCAGUGUUCCUGGUUCUUCUCACGACAGAUACAAACCAGAAUUACAAAGAACUAAGAUAUAUACAACCGGAUUGAUGGUAUCUGGAAUUAAACCACCUGGUCGGAAAACUUUUCCCAGGAUGAUACCUACUUCCGGUGAGAUCACAUUAAAGAAAUCUACUGAAACAUGUAUCGAGGAGAGCAUUUCUGAGGGAGAGUCUCCUGCCGCUGGUCUAAUUGAUUCUGAACAGGAUAUGGCUGCAAUUCCUGAAGAGUGCUGGAAUCCUAUACCAAGUUUCUGUAGGUUACCUAUGACUAUCAGGCCUCCAUUAGGUCUGGGAGCUAUCUCAAGACUUACUGCUGCCAAAAGCAGGAUUGCAUUGCAGAGUCAGAGGAUACCAAUAACUUCCACAGAACUUCAAAUUCAAGGACAAGUUCGCCAAGAAAUUGCAGUGGAACAGAAGAAAAACACAAUACCUAUUGUGCAAAGAUCAAGUCUACCCAAACCUGGGCACUCUGGACUUCGUCCCCCUGGUUACUCUCGAUUGCCGGCAGCUAAGCUUAUGGCUUUUGGAUUUGUCAGAAGUUCAAGUCUGUCAUCCGUAUCAAGCAACCAAUCAAAUGACAGUGGACAGAGCGAUCAUUGCAAAGCAAUAAAUCGUAAGCUACAAAUCAACAUUGUUUCAUUUGAUCUUGAAAAUGUCACCUAUCUUGUCUUAAAAUCUUAAAGGGUCUUUAAGGGCGCACUAUGGCGCAGCAGUAGAGUUGCUUCCUUCAGUGCCAGAGACCCAGCUUCGAUCCUGAUUACAGGUGCUGUAUGGAGUUUGUAUGUUCUCCCUGUGAUCGCGUGGAUUUUCUCCGGAUGGUCUGGUUUCCUCCCACAGUCCAAAGACAUGCGGUUUUGUAGGUUAAUUGGCUUCUGUAAAUUGUCCCUAGUGUGUAGGAUAGUCCUAGUGUUUGGGGUGAUCACUGGUUGGCACGGACUCUGUGCCGAAAGGCCUGUACCUGCUUAAACUGUGAUAAAUAAUCAGACUUCUGAAAUACAGUGUAUUCAAACCCCUUCACUUUUUCCACAUUUUGAAACGUUACAGCCUUAUUUUAAAAUGGAUUAAAUUCUUUUUUUUUUAAAUCAUCAAUCUACACACAAUACCCCAGAAUGAAAUAGCGAAAACAGGUGUUUAGAAAUUUUUGCAGGGUAAUUAAAAAUAAAUCACUGAAUUAUCACAUUUACAUAAGUAUUCAGACCCUUUGCUAUGACACUCAAAAUUGAGCUUAGGUUCAUCCUGUUUCCAUUGAUUAUCCUUGAGAUGUUUUUACAAUUUGAUUAGAGCCCACCAGUGGUAAAUUAAAUUGGUUAGACAUUAUUUGGAAUGGCACACACCUGUCUACAUAAGGUUCCACAGUUGACUGUGCAUGUCAGAGCAAAAACCAAGCCUUGAAAAUGAAGGAAUUGUCCGUAGACCUCCGAGGCAGGAUUGUGUUGAGCCACAGACCUGGGGAAGGGUAUACAACAAUAUCUGCAGCAUUGCAGGUCCCAAAGAGCACAGUGGCCUCCAUAAUUCUUAAAUGGAAGAAUUGUGGAACCACCAACACUCUUCAUAGAGCUGCCCCCCCCCGGCCAAACUGAGCAAUUGGGGGAGAAGGGCCUUGGUCAGGGAGGUGUCCAAGAACCCAAUGGUCACUCUGACAGAGCUCCAGAGUUCCUCUGUGGAGAUGGGAGAACCUUCCAGAAGGACAACUAUAUCUGCAGCACUCCACCAAUCAGGCCUUUAUGGUAGAGUGCCCAGACGGAAGCCACUCUUCAGUAAAAGGCACAUGACAGCCCGCUUGGAGUUUGCCAAAAGGCAUGAGAAACAAGAUUCUCUGGUCUGUUGAAAGCAAGAUUGAACUCUUUGGCCUGAAUGCCAAGCAUCACGCCUGGUGGAAACCAGGCACCGCUCAUCACCUGGCCAAUACCAUACCUAUGGUGAAGCAUGGUGGUGGCAGCAUCAUGCUGUGGGGAUGUUUUUCAGCAUCAGGAACUGGGAGGAUCAAGCGAAAGAUGAACGGAGCAUAGUACAGAGAGAUCCUUGAUGAAAACCUGCUCCAGAGCUUUCUGGACCUCAGACUGGGCAGAGGUUCACCUUCCAACAGGACAACGGCCCUAAGCACAACGCAGGAGUGGCUUCGUAACAAGUUUGUGAAUGUCCUUGAGUGGCCCAGCCAGAGCCCGGACUUGAACCUGAUCGAAGAUCUUUGGAGGACCUGAAAAUAGCUGUGCAUCGACACUCCCCAUCCAACCUGACAGAGCUUGAGAGGAUCAGCAGAGAAGAAUGGGAGAAAUUGCCCAAAUACAGGUGUGCCAAGCUUGUAGCGUUAGACCCAAAAAGACGAGGCUGUAAUCCAAUUUAGAAUAAGGCUGUAACGUAACAAAAUGUGGAAAAAUGAAUGGGUCUGAAUACUUUCUGAAUGCACUGUAGGUAAAGUGGAAAACAUUGUACAGCGGGUUAUUAGUAUAAAAUUCAAAGUUCAAAGUAACUUUAUUGUCAAUUCAAUUAUGCAACAGUAGUUACACAGAGGAUCAAAAUUACGUUUCCCCAUACUCCAAAUGUGCAAAUAAUAUUAAAAACACAGACAGACAACAUACCAAUAAAAAUAGACAAUAGACAUACAUUAUUUAAAAUAUUAAAAUAUUCACAGUAUGCCAAAAUGUAGCAAAAACUUUGAAGUAUUUUAAAAAGGGUGCAACAAUGAAAGGUGCGAUAUAGAAAAAGUGCAAAUUUCGUACUGGAGACAUUGAGCCAAAGUUAUUUUCACAGUUUGUUGCCUUUGUUUGGGUACUGUUCAUGGAAUUUUCUUAAGUGUGUUGAGUAGUCUGAUGGCCUGAGAGAAAAAGCUGUUUUUGAAUCUGGUGGUUUUGCUCCGCAUGCUGCGGUAGUGCUUACUGGAAGGUAGGAGGGUGAACAGUUUGUGUGCUGGGUGGGUGGUGUCUUUGAUGAUAUUGCUUGCUCUCUUGCGACAGCGAGAUGGGUAUAGGUCCUGGAUUGCUGGUUGGGGUGAUCUGGUGAUCUUCUCCGCUGUCCUCACCACUCUCUGUAGGGCCUUCUGGUCAGCAGCAGAGCAACUGCCAUACCAGACUGAGAGACUGCUGGUAAGAAUGCUCUCAAUGGCACCCCUGUAAAAAGUUGUGAGGGCAGAAGGGGGGAGGUCAGCUCUCCUCAUCCGUCGAAGGAAGUGGAGGCGUUGCUGUGCCUUCUUGACUAGGGAGAUGGUGUUGGUGGACCAUGUCUGAUCAUCUGUGAUGUGCACUCCCAGGAACUUGGUGCUUUUCACAGACUCCACUCCAUUGAAUUAUUUAUAGGUAUACACAUCCAAAAUCUGAUUGCUCAUAAUAUUUUGCUUGGAAUGAUAAAUAGAUGUUAUGUUAGCCUAUUAGAGACAAGUGAUUUAUGCAGAAUUCUAUAACUCAUUGAAGAUACUACAAACAUGGAUGAUGCCUGCUGUACUGACAGUGUAGGAUCUCGGAGACUUGGCCUGCAAUUAUAUUAAAUUCUAACUCCAGUUUCAGGCUAUUGUCUAUGAAAUACAUUGCUUAAUCAAGCAAACCAAAUUAUACUGUUGAUUAGGCAUGUGUGAAGAACUGCAGAGUUCAGCACAAAAGAGCAUGCAUUCAAAUCUGGAAGUGCAGAGAUUUUAUCCCUAGCAAAAAAAAAAAAUAGAUUUUAAAUUAAAUACAACUUUAGGAUGUCUAAGGUAUAUUGCACCUGUUAUGAACUUGAAUCAAAAAAUUAGCUGCAUUUUAUACAUUAGUGAUGUCAAAGCUACUAUUUGAUACAAAAGAGGCAUUUAUUUGCAUUCAUAGAAAAAUGCAUGCAUACCUAAUGUGGAUGUAACUUUUUUCUGCUCAGACUUGAUGUUUGAAGAAUGUUAAUUUAAUCUCUAAUUUAUUACAGAGAAGUGUAAAGUAAUAAUGUUUGCUUUAAUGUGGGAAGUGAGUGCAAGUAGGUUACUUUCAGUUUAUGCACAAAGGGUACAAGUUUAAAUAUUAUCCUCCUCCCUCGUGAUUUUGGGAAGUUGGCCCGUGAAGGCUGUGAAGCAUAC